AACUUAGUAAGUACAUGUAACAUGCGUAACAAGAACACCUUCAAAUGAAGUGUUACCGUGUAUUUAUUUACAGCUAGGUUCCCUCCAGUAUGGACUCACCGAAUGCACGCCAUUGAUGAGCUUUUGUGCUUAGCUUUGGAAAUAGCGGCAUCAUGGACAAUUUCCAGCGCCUACAAUCUGUGUGGAAUUUAGUGAAGGAAAAUGUUCCCUGCUCUGAGCUUCCUGAGAUCCGAGCUGUACUGGGAGAAACACUGAUUGAUACGUACGCAGAGUUGUAUUCAGAGGUGGAGAUGUGGGAGGAGAUUUGGAAGGAACUCUGUUGCUCAGAGAAGGGCAGCAGGCCAGAAGCCCCCAAAUUCCCUCUGGCUGACCCCCCGGCUGUUAAAGAGCUGCUAAAAGCUGAGAUUCAAUUGUUGCUGCUCACAUUGAGGGAGAAGGCAGCCAGACAGGGCAGGGAUGAAGAGGAGGUCAUGGCCCAGUACAGUCCUAGUGUGGUGAGUUACGCACUGAGCAGCAGAAGCACACAGAGACAAGGGAGUCCACGCAGCCGGUGUGAAACCCAAUCACCUUCCAGACCACCGUCAAGUCUGAGCGAGACUAGAAGCAGGUCCGUCUCCAGCCUCCCGUCUCACUCCAGUUGUGAAGAAGAAAUCAAGGCCUUAAGACACAAGUUAAACAUCACCCAUAUAGAUGAGGUUGUGACCCAUCUCAGGUCAGUCAUAACUGAAGAAUCUGAAGCACUGAAAAGAGACGUGCAGAUCCUGCAGGAAAACCUUGAGACUGAGAGAGCCAGUGCUCAGACAGAACCCAGUGUAGCAGAGCUCAAAGAGGAACGGAGACUCAUUCAGAGGAAUCUGAACGAACAGAGUUUAAUAACCAACAACACAAAUAAUCAGAGUACAAGAAACCCACACAUCCACAUAAGGGAGACAUGCAAACCUGUUCUCUCUGAAAAUUAUUUGGAAGGACCAAUACCAUGCAAACCAUGUCCACCCAUAGACGUAAACCACAUCAGGAAUGCUCCGCCACUAAUGAGCACCCCAAGUGCUCAGUCCACGAUCCACAUUUCUGCUUUGAAACAAGGGGACAAAGACUGCAAGUACAGAGCAAAUUCACUAAGGGCUUCAACCUUCAGACUGGUCCCAGCAGCCUCGGUCCAAGCAUCCGGUUCUGUAAAAGACUUAUUCCUAAAGAUGGAGGUGACUAAAAAUAGUGAGCUAGUGUGUCUCCAGCCCGCUCCUCCUGCAGUGCAGAGAACAGCCAGCAGGGGGCAGAAGGGGAGCAGACGGCUGUGUGUUCCCUAGUCUGAAGGACUGCUCAGUUCUCUGUGAGAAUCACUGUCAGACAUCCAAACUGUUCAAUGCACAUAGGAAAAAACCCACAGUGAUAAAACACAAACCACAAUCUGAUCUU